GUGUUGUGCAAAGCGUGCUGGGUCCUGGUUAGCUCUCCAGUGAGGCAGUUGGAGCCAAGUUUGAAGAGAGACAACAGACUAGUACUCAGAAGAGUUUCCCGGGAUGUAUGUGCUGCUGCUGCAGCUGCCUAGCCGGACUGACUAUUUCCUCCGAUCACUGUGAGGAUGGCUCGCCAGCCCGAUGUUCUGUCAAGAAGUAUACUUCAUAGCAAACUGCUUCUUUCGGCUUACAAAGGCUGCUUGGAGGAAGUGAAGAGGACAAUUGAAGGUGCCAAUAAUGUAGAUCUCAAAUUUGCAGACUCAAAUGGAAACACAGUUCUCCAUUGGGCUUGUCAGGGGGGUAGCGAGGAUGUUGUUAAGUAUCUGCUGAGUUUGCCAUCCAUCGAUUUGUUCAAAGAAAAUAGGGACAUGGAAACAGCUUUGGAUGUUCUACAUAAGAACAAUUUAAACAUGGAAUGUAUGGAGGAAGCCUUACUUAGUCAUGCAGUGGAGGUCAGAAACGAAUUUGCGCCAAAAAUGAGAGAAAAAACUUCAACUCGAAAUGUCUUCGACGAAACCUGUGCUAUGCCGGCUAUGAAGCAGUAUUGCCCGUACUCCUUGCAUGAUGUUCAAACUGUUCUAAUCUUCCUGUGCCCACCCUCAACUGCCUGUCAAGUAAAUAAUAUUUCGUGCGCCACGAAGUUUCCUCUGUCAGAAUUCGAAUUUGGACUCUUGUAUCAUACAGCUAGCAGAGACACGUUCUUUGAGAUGAACAGUGUAAUAACCGUGAGAGAGAAUGUAGAAAUUAUUGAGACCGAAGUAGGUUCUAGCGACGCCGUAACAGAAGCAUUAUUUAAAGUUAGAAAUGUCAUUCAAAGACUGCGGGACGAAAGAUUUAAAAAAGAUGCAAUACAAGAUAUUGUAAGAAGUGUUUUCGCACAGCAAUUAAACGUGGAGCAACUAGAAAAGGAACAAAUGUUUUUGGCUGCCAUGAUUAAUGAAAAACAGGCAACGAAUGAAAAAAUUGAAAAGUACUUGAACUUUGUAGACGACGUUAAAAAUAAGCAUGCUACUUCGUCAACUAAAUGUGCAGUUUGCCUUAUAUACUUCGUGGAACUGUUUGCCUGUGACGACACAUUUCCAGAAGGUAAGAACAUAAGACUUCCUAAAAGUGAAAAGAGGCUACUGAAAGAAUUAAAGAAAAAAUAUUAUAUAAGACAUUAUCCUGAGAUGGGCUUAAUGAAAGAUAUUACUUGUAUUCGCACGCAAUUAGUUCACAAGCAAAGUAAAUCAAGGGGUCUGCUUAAACCAAGUCAGCUGUUUGAAGCGUCAAGUGAAAACUAUCACUGCCCUAGUAAAUCUGAAUGUCUAGCAUUUAUGCACACCUUUACAGAGUAUGUCAGCAAGAGUAUGCUUCAUGAGCGUCAGAAUUCAUGUACUUCUUUCUUUAAGAAGCACGGACAAAAAGAAAACGUUUUCAAAAAUCUUUCAAACAAUGUUGAAGAACAUCUUAAAAAGACAAAGAAAACAGAUGCUGACAUGCUAGUCUAUUUUUGUAAGAAAGCCAAUGAUUUCUUGAAGAAUGUACGUGAUGAAGUGCUGUAUGAGCUGCUAUUUGAAUUAAUUGUUAAUGUAGGGCCCCAAUUAGGAGAAUACCAGAUGCUCAGUGAACUGCGCAAUACCAUUGUACAUGGUUUUCACGAUGAAACGGUGUCAGGGUUAAGGAAGAAAUUGCCCCAAGUUAUGCGAAAAUUGUACAUACAUCAUUUGGCUGAAAGGGUGGGCAACGAAUUACUCAAAAUGAGAGAUGAGAGGGAAAAUUGUGAACUAAAUACUACUUUUUCCAAAGAACUGGAAAAGUUAAAUGAAAAUUUUAAACACUGGCAGUCCUCAGGUGGAUCUUUUCAGGGAUUGAAGUGGUGGGACGACGACAGCUUGGAGUCCAAUAUCCAGUUGUACGUAAUGUGCCUGUCAGAUGUGUUGGAUUGUCCAGGGAAUGAUAGUGACAACAUAUUGAAAUUAGAUUCCAGAAGAGUGGUCGGUGGUGAUCACGUUCAUUUAAAAGUUAUCUUUGAAAAUAUUCUUUUUCUCCGUCGGUCGCAUUUAAAGGACCAAAAUAUGCCUAAUCUCGAGCAAAGUCUCAUAAAAGAGCUAUGUACUCAAUUUUCAUUAACCAUGACAGAGGCAGGUAAAGUAAUUGGCCGUAUUAAGAAUGAAAAGAUAACUGAAAACAAAGAAAAUGAGAAUUUCUGCAAAGAAGUGACAGACAUCAUACGUUCUUUGAGAAUUCUUAAACAUCCAUAUUCAGUAAGUACCCGCACCUUUACAGAUGGCGAUGUUUUCUCACUCUUUAACGCGGUCAUGAAGGGGGGCAACAUUAACGAGCUCAGAAGUUACCUUACAAGUUACAAUUUAACUGAAAGGGAGAAGGACACAGUUACUGACGUCUUGUUUAAAGUUUACACCCAGAUGCAAGAAAAAGUAGUUUUAUUUUCAGGCGAAGUAGUUGUAGUAAGUGUUAGUAGUGUCGUUUCUCACUUGCUUGGAUUAAUUAAAAACAUGGAGCCAGUCAAAUGCAAACUCGAUGACUUAUCCACAGCUUUUCGUGACCAAUUGUUCUUAGAAUCUCUCUCCAAAAUGUUACACUAUGUCCCAAAGGAGCAAAACUGUCCCAAAGAACUGAUAGAAUUCCGCCUUUAUAAGGUUAUACGAGAUGUGCACUCUCUGGAUUAUGCAGCACCUCUUAUAGCACGGAUACUAGCUGAGGAAAGGGAUACAGUUGUAGAGUGCAAAACCGUAGAAACAAUCAUUGCUGUGUUUUUGAAAACAGAAGACACAAUUUCUCUUACAAAUCUACUGAGUACAAAUAGUAAAAUGCGAACGGGAGCAUUGGUCAAAACUAUCAGUGAACAGAACUGUUCUAGGGAACUACUCGCCAAGGUUAUAAAGUGUAUCUGUCCUGACAAAAUUAGCUUUUUCUUCGAAUCAAUAAUUGAUAAUCGUACAGUCGAGAACGUCUUAGCUGCUUCAAACAAUGUUAUUUUCGACUUACUUGGGGACAAGGAGUUUGAACGUUGUUCAAAAGUUAUAGAAUGUGCUACACAGCUCGAAUUAAAGGUACCACAGACUAACAAGUCUCUGAGUCUCGACAGAGAUUUACUUCAUGCUAAUUAUUUCCACGUACGUGGUUUACGAACCGAAAAAGACGGCAAUACAGUGUCGGUAACCGGUUCUGAAACCAAUAAAGGGCUGUUCCAUAAGGCUAAAGAAGUAUUGGAGCGGGUGAGAAAGGCUUCUUCAGAUUACCCACUGCAGCAUAUGCUUUCUAUAUCAAAAUUAGGGUACAUCAAUUAUUUGCUGGGUAAAAAUAAAAUGAAGAAAAACAAAAAGAAAGAACAUUAUGUGAAAGCGAGGAACUAUGCUGAAGAAUUAUUUGGGGUACUUCUUAAAUAUUUGUGGCCAUCGAAUAAACAUGAUGACGAUGACCCCAAUAUUUUUACUAAAUAUAAUGCCUUGUUGGGGCUGGCAGAAAGUUCACAAAAAUAUCAGCGCCUACUAGAGUUGGGAAAGGAUUAUGAGGAAAACCUCAAUAUAUCAAGGGUAUAUAGGGAUUAUCUUUUCUACAAACUGCUAUCAUUGGGUCAAGAGAAGACAACAUCAGAAGAAAGAAGGAAACUAAUAAAAGAGUAUAACACUCUGAACAAACAGUGGGAGCACCGAGUACCUUUCCCAUUUUCAGAAAUUUAUUUUCUGAAAAGGAAAAUUCAAAUUUUUGAACGUUCAAACUCUGAGUCUGAUAUGAUAAAGACGAUUGAAUUAAAAGUAAAAUGCCUAAAAGUUGUAGGCGAUCGUCUUGGUUCGUGUUCAUCAACUGCAGCGGAGAUGUUCGAUUCCCUAGAAAACGAUCUAAAAAAUACAACACGAAAGGCCGCGAUAGAAAGUAUUAUGGUUAAAAGUGCAAAACCAUUUAGGACGGUUUGUUGAAAAGUGAAAUUGAAAUCCCUUAAGGCUACCAAUUCAAACAAAUCUAAACACCAUACACUGUGAAAACUAGUAGUAGAUUUUACAGGAAAAUUUUCCCUGAUGUGUAUCGGCAAAUCACAAUUCAAAAUUGUAAAGUUAUAAGCACUUCCCAUUGACUUGGAAUUUAUGAAAGAGCCAGGAUGGGCACUCCCAAAUUUACAGCAUUCUUUGUAAAUCAAAAUUAGAAAAAAAUGUUGUAAAUUUACGGCAUUAUUUUUUACAGUGUACGUUGGUACGAAUGGCGCGUGUGCGCGCGUGCGUACACACUUACGCACCUUGUUUUGCGUAGCUGCUGCGAAAAUUAUAAUUGCAGACAAAGAAAUUCAAGCCACUUAAAAUAAAUCCACAUCCUGGUAUAUGGGAUAUCCAAGGCCAAGGAAAGUUGCAACAAACCGUCCCUUGUGAUAAUUUAAGCUCCUACACUAGGUGCCAAUCAAGCAUUGCCGAUUGGGGUCACUAUUACAGAUCCCUAAAUGUAUAUAUAGCCUGUAUUCGAAUGUGAAUAAACUAGUCGUCAGUUGGCAA